GCACCCUCCGGCUGUCGAUAACUCAACUUUGCGCACGUGCAUAUAAAAUAGAAAUAGGACGUUCUUUCUGAAAUAAUUUAAAGGUAAAUUAAGUGAUCCCCAAAAACAGAACAGAAAUGAAAAGCAAGGUGGAUAAACCCAUAACCACUGGUGCACCAAGUGCAACCAAGACAAAGGCCAAGGAGGACCGCAAGCGGGCAAAAACUCAGAAAUCCGACGCGGACACGCAGAUACCGGCCAAGAUUUUGAAGAAGUCCAAGAAGGUGAAGCCGGCGGAGACCGAGGAAAAGGAAAAUAUCGCGAGCAACGGCAACCUGAAGGUGUCGCAGAUCAACAAGGCCGUUUUUGUGGUCUUCAAAAAGAUGCAGGGCAGUCAACUGACCAAGAAGAUGAUCAAUUCGCUCAUAACACUGCUGCGCGAUGACACAAAUGCUGAGCAGCGCGCUGCAACCACCGGCUACGUGCUCAAGCGCCUGAUCCGCUCCACAGGAGCAGAUGACAUGAAGACGGUGAGCCUGGCCGCCAGUUACAUACACUGCAUCCUAACCGCCGUGCCCGCCAUCGACGCUUUUGAGGUUCUGGAGACUCUGAAGCGAGACCUGGCCGUUGGCAGCCAGCAGAGGGGCAAGGAGGACUCACUAGCGGCCGUCGGUCAAGUGGUUACAGCCUUCGGCAUUUUGCAGAGCCCGCAGUUCGCCAAGGCCGAGCCCAAGCUGGUUACGGCAGUCUUCCAGAUUCUGGCAGCCCAGCUAAAGGGCAGGGAGUACUUGGUGUCUCUGUGUGGUGAUAUCCUGGCGGUCUCCUUUAAACAGCUACCCGCUGCGAUCUUCGAGGAGUACGUGUGGCCACUUCUGCAACCCGAGCUAAACAAGCCGUUGAGUGGCUUGAGAGUAAACACUUGCGAUGUCUUGCUCGCCGUGCAUCUGACCUAUUCGUCCGUACUGGGACGAGAGAACAUUCUAGCCAGCUUGUGGCCCAAGAAACCAGUGUACUCACAGCUUUUCGAUUUGUAUUUCUCUGGCUCCACCAUUCACAGCGAUGACGUAUACGCCAGAUUGGCUAGUUUUCUUAUGAAUGGCGGAAAGGAAAUGCUCGCCGCCUGGCAGCAGUAUAUCGAUUCCAAGCAGCCCCUCAAACUGAAUGCAGCCAAGGCGUGUGCCAUCCAAGUACUGAGCAACGUGCUCCGCAACUUUAAGCCAAGGGAAGAACAACUUAUCCUGGAUAUCUUUACACCGACCUGUGUACAGUUCCUGCUGCAGGAAUGUUCAUCUGUGAAAUGGAACAAAGGUGAGGGCAAGAAACCGUCGCUAAAGAAGCUGAAGGAGAUUUGCUUCAAGUUCGAGGGAUCCUUGGUUUCGUGUUACGAAAAGCAGUUCCAAAACGAUGAUAACAAACUUCAGCUGCUGCUCAAACUGCUGGAGCACACACUGCAGCUGGACUCGGUGAUAUCCUUGCCGCGUUUCUGCCAGAAACUGAUAAAUCAACUAAGCGUCGAAAGCCUUUACAAGCUGUACGACUACUACAACAACAAACUGUACUCAUUGGAGGACGAGGACAGAGUCAGCCGAGUGCAUUGCCUUAACCAGAUGCAAUUGAUACUGAACCACUCAAAGCUUAGCCAGGCAACACAAUGGCGACAGAAGCAGUUGAACUACCUGCUGCUCGCUGGCUUUUUCCACUUAGAUGCCAGUAAGAAGCCGUGUGAAGCUGCCCAAGCCAGCGCUUUUAGUCGCCAGUGCGCGGCGCGUUGUGAGGAGAUAUUCCUGGGCUCCCUGCUGCACAAGUGCUCGGGUCUGCCAGGACUUUGCCACUUGCUGCAGAAGACAUUGAGUUACCUUAACAAAAAGUUGGGAGAACCGGAUGCAGAGAGCAAAUUGCGUUCGCCGAGAGACGAAUCACUGCAAAAGGAAUGGAAGCAGGUCGAGAAACUGCUGGCGCGGCCCAGCAAGGAAUCGGAUGUCGUUGGCCAAACAUUCGAGGCUCUAAUCCUGUUUGUUUCUUUGGCUUUGUGCACAAAGAUUCCCCCAUCCGUCACUGUGUUGGAGGAUCUGAUUAUCUGCCGUAAGAAUGCACUGCAAAAGAGCAAGGAUCAAGUUAAAGAAGAGCUCAAAUGGCAGGACGUGCUCACAGAUGCCCUACUCCAGUUACUUUUGCAAACAGGUCAUUUCUGGCGGGAGUUUGUUCAACUGGUGGCCACCGCUUUGAUUCCGCACCUUGAGCACGGUAACCUAGAACAGGUCCUCGAAGUGUUCAACAUGAACAAAAAUCCCUUGAGCAAGAAGGACGAUGGCGAGGAGGAGAGCGAAGACGAAGUCGACGAGGAAGAAUCGUUGAAGGAUUCGAGCGAUGAUUCAGACGAUGAAGAGGAGGACGAAGACGAGGACGAUGAAGAGUCCCAUUUGGCCCAAAUUCGAGAGAGCGUUCGCCAGGCUUUGGUCAACGAUGGCGACGCUGAUGACGAUGGCGCCAGUAGCGUGGAUUGGAACGAUGUGGACGAGGAGCAGGGCAAACGCUUGAAUGCUGCUUUGGAGCAGUCUUUUCAAAUGUUCCGACCCAAGUCGCGCAAAGCCCAGGAGAAGGAGCGUCCCACCAAAUCGGAACGCAUUGAUAACACCAACCUGCUGCACUUCCGCAUUCGUGCCUUGGAUUUGUUGGAGCUCUUCAUAAACAAGAAACCAACUCAAUCGGUAAUCCUGGACGUGCUGCAUUGCGUCUUCCAGGUGUACGGCCAUUGCGCUGCAGACAGCAAACUACAAUCCUUGCGAGAAGCCAGUUUGAAGUUGCUCAAAAAGAUACUUGCCAGGAAUAUCGAACUCAAGGAAAAUCAGAGCACCGCACCCAUUCUGGAAGCCAUUGAGCAGCUAAUGUCGUCUGGCGAGGAGCAUUCAGAAGAGGACCAAGAGAACGGCAAGCAGCCCGCCAGCCGACAGGCCAAAGGAGACAUCAUUAUUUGGCGGGACAAGUGCUUUGCCUACCUGGUCAGCCAGGCAUCAGCAGAUGGCAAGCCCAAGGAAAGUGCUGUCUGGCCCCUUCUAGUCGAAUUUCUGGAGCUGUGGGUAGCCAAGCGACGUAGUCGCCUCUCUCUAGCCAGUUUCGAAGCCCUCUUUCAGUCUGGCCAAUGGCAGGGCGUUGCUCCACUGGCUGUUGUCCUGGCCUCCCACUUGGACGUACAGAAAACGCGCAGUUUUCGGCGGGCACAGAUAUUGAAGCUGCUCAGCGAGCAAGGUCGCCGGCUCGAAGCCGCUUUCAAGGACAACUGCUCGUCUUCCAACAAAUUUGAGAAGAAGAUAGCCAGAUACGUAAAUCAGCUAGAAACGGAGACUAGUAGUCCCAAGGAACUCAAUCUGCUGCUUAAGAUCCUCGCCCAAGGAGGCGAGAAGCGUCAGAAACUACGUGAACAGAUUCAGCUCGUCGCCAAAAACCUUCAACCCAACAAGAAGGCGGCGAAGCAGAAGCAGGCAGCCGCCAAACCUAUGGUCGUGGAUGAUGAAGAGUCCACAUAAAAUAAAAGAAGGAAACACCCCAAUAAGAAACCUUACAAUAAGAUGUAUAAAUAUCUUGCAUAAUAUAGGAUACUAUUAAUUUUUUUGUUCUUUUUAAAAUGUCUGACGAAAAGUACUAAAUUAGUAUUGAAGUCAAUGAAUAAAUAGCAAAAGCCAGUACAGUAAACUAAACUAAAAAA